AUGAAGACAGGGACGUCUGAGUCUAUCGACAUUGAUGUGAGAUACGCUCCAAAGAACACCUCAGUGUCAGUCAGUCCCUCUGGUGAAAUAGUGGAGGGCAGAUCAGUGACUCUGACCUGCAGCAGUGUUGCCAACCCACCUGUGGACAAAUACACCUGGUACAAGAAGAACGUGGCCUCACCAAAAGCAUCAGGACAGAGUUACAGCAUCACUAACAUCAGCUCUGAGGACAGAGGAGAAUAUUACUGUGAGGCCCAGAAUGGAAGAGGAUCUAUGAACUCUACAGCUCUGAUGAUCAUUGUAGCAGGGAAACAAACAUCAGUUGUGACUGCAGCUGUAGGAAUCAUAGUGGUUGUUCUGGUUCUCAUCCUCUGUCUCUCUGGACUCAUGUGGUUCAGGAAGAAGGUCUCCACAUCCACCUCCAACACAAGAGACACAGCAGACGAUGGACAGGGAGACUCUAGUCCAGUGUAUGACAACAUCUCAGGCAUGGUCAUGACCUCUACUGCAGCACAGACAGCAGCCACAGACGACCAGGAUGAUGUUCACUACGCCAGCGUCCACUUCUCUCGCUCCAAAAACCAGGAAGUGCCUCUGUACUCCACCGUCCAGCUGCAUCAACCACAGAAACAGGACCAAGAUGUCCAAUACGCUGCUGUGAAAUUCAACCUCCUCAGUUCUGCCACCCAACCCACAGCAGCACAAGCAGCUGAAGAGGAGCCCUUUGUGCUCUACAGUACAGUCAACAAACCCAGAACCAAGAAGACCUGAACACAACAAACCCAGAACCAAGAAGACUUGAACACAACAAACCCAGAACCAAGAAGACUUGAACACAACAAACCCAGAACCAAGAAGACUUGAACACAACAAACCCAGAACCAAGAAGACUUGAACACAACAAACCCAGAACCAAGAAGACUUGAACACAACAUACCCAGAACCAAGAAGACUUGAACACACCAGGUUUGACAAAAACCUUGUAUAUCUGGAACCUUAUAUUUUACUAAGUGACAUAAGGCAUGAGGGGGUGUGAAACAUUGGCCAUUAUAAACCGGGUGGUUCGAGCCCUGAAUGCUGAUUUGCUGAAAGGCGUGGUAUAUCAGACCAUAUACCAUGGGUAUGAUUAUGGGUAUGGGUAUGAUUAUGUACUCGUCUAAUUACGUUGGUCACCAGUUUAUAGUAGCAGUAACGUUUUUGUGCGUCAUACCCGUGGUAUAUUGUCUGAUAUACAGUACACACUUCUGAAGCCAGUCAGCUUCCAGGAACCAAACUACCCAGUUUAUAAUAGUAUGUAAUAAUAUACGCCAUCUGGCAGGUACUUUUAUCCAAAGUCAUUCACUCAGUCAUUACAGUCAUGGGUGCAUAAAUCCUUCAUAUGGUAAGUCCCAGCAGGAAUAGAACCUGUGAGCCAUUCUGUACAAACUGAGUCACACAGGACUACUGUAUGCACACUCAGAGUAGGAGUGCUGAUCUAGGGUCAGCACCAUGCUCUACCAACUGAACCACAGGACUACUGUAUUCACACUCAGAGUAGGAGUGCUGAUCUAGGGUCAGUUAUGCCUUUUAAACUAUGAUGAAUAAGAAAGGGACCUUAACAUUUGAAUUGUUUUAGUUUAGCUGUUUUUAAGUAAAACAUUUUUAAAAAUAUAUAUUUCUGAUUACAACAACAUUUGAAUUGUUUUAGUUUAGUUGUUUUUAAGUAAAACAUUUAAAAAUAUAUAUAUUUCUGAUUACAAGAACAUUUGACAAAACCUUUGAAUUUAUGAAGUAGCCAACCUCAAGGUCCAGUUAUAUAUUAUAAGGCUAUUUAUUUUUUUAUUUUAUGUUUCUGAAACAAUCAUCAAACUUGUGAGACUGUAUAUGAAGGUCUAACAACAAUAUAUAUUGUGUUUCUAUUACAUGUUAUUACUUCAUAUUCUACUAUUAGAUGAUACACAUAGUAGAAGGUUGAUUGAUUCUUUUAUAAAUAGUUUUAAUUGUUUUAUGACAAAGUUAUGACACGAUUUUGCUUCAAUGUCCAGGAAAGAGUUCUGCUUAAUGCAAUAUUUCUUACCGCUUUUAUUUAAAAACAUUUUUGUUAACUAAUGUGUGAAGUGUUAAAUAUAUAAACAAAUACACUUUUAAGAAUAAACGUAAUGUUAUAACAGUAUUUUCUGUGGAGAAAAAAAUAACAGUUUUCAAAAUCACACCUCUUGUACUGUACUAUACAGUAACUACAAAUAAUACAUUUAUAUUGGUUUGGAGAGCAGUAGUGGUUUAUUCACCAUCAUCAUCAUCAUGUCAGUACAAAAUAUACAAAGACACUUUCAGAAGGAGCACACAACCAAUUACAUGAAAUAUUAUUUAUUGUCAUUUUUGAAACACAGAGACACAAUAUGACAUGGAGGGUAGUUCCAUUCCCCCCAGAAAUGUCCGGGAACUUGCAAGUGCCUUGGUGGAAGAGUGGAGUAACAUCUCACAGCAAGAACUGGCAAAUAUGGUGCAGUCCAUGAGGAGGAGAUGUACUGCAGUACUUAAUGCAGCUGGUGGCCACACCAGAUACUGACUGUUACUUUGAUUUUGAUCCCCCCCCCCUUUGUUCAGGGACACAUUAUUCAGUUUCAGUUAGUCACAUGUCUGUGGAACUUGUUCAGUUUAUGUCUCAGUUGUUGAAUCUUGUUAUCUUCAUACAAAUAUUUACACAUGUUGAGUUUGCUGAAAAUAAACGCAUUUGACUGUGAGAGGAUGUUAAUUUUU